UUUAUGUUUUAUUUUUUAUUUAAAUUUAUAUAAUUAUAAAAUCCGAUCAAAUUAUCCGGAAUUGAUUCGCGGAUUUUUGAUUCUUGCACUAAGAAUUAAAUUCUCGUGGGGCUGAUAUGUUGGUCAAUUGCGUCUCAGCCUCCACAUUCUUCAACCUAGUGUAGUGCGGCUGAGAGAUGGACAGAAAGUUCGGAAGAUCAGCCAACGACGUCCAAUAUGCAUCAGCCUAGUGAGCCAUGCGGACGCGAAUACUCCUCCGUAUUUCGUCCGUAUUCACACUGUGUCUCUUGUUAUAUCGCUUGAUGCAUCUUACUCCACAACAUUUGGAGCCGUUGCCGUUGCCGCAAUACUUCACCGAAGUCGACUUCCGAUUUGAAUCCAGGCUUAUCGGAGCUGUCAGCCAUAUCGAUACGAGGUUCUCUCCCACAAAAGCACUCAGCAUCGACCAAGUUCAUCAUGCGUUGAUCAACUUGCUCAAAAGCUAUUUCUUUAUAAUGAAAGAUCUUGGUUUUGAGACUUGGCUUGCCCACGGGACCCUCUUGGGGUGGCAUUGGGGCGGAAGGAUAUUUCCUUGGGAUACUGAUAUUGAUGUCCAAAUGUCUCCCGACGUUGCGUCGCCACCUCACACCAUCGUCACAGUGCUGUCACAUGUGGACGUUUUGGCCCUUCUCGCUACUGAUUACAACGCGACUGUGUUUCAAUACCUCGAUGAGGAAGAAAUUCACACAUACUUAUUAGACAUCAAUCCCCAUUACCUAAUAACAUCGACUCAAGACUUGUCAAACAAGAUAGAUGCUCGCUGGAUUGAUAUUCAGAGUGGGAAAUACAUCGAUAUAACAGCACUCCGCCGCAGAGAUCUCGAUCCAAACGUUCUGUACUGCAAAGAUGGGCACGAAUAUAUGGAUGAGGACAUUUACCCGUUACAGGUCUCCGUCUUUGAGGGUAUUGAUGUCAAAAUUCCAUCCAAAUCAGAAGUCGUUCUCGUAACAGAAUACGGCAAAAACGCACUUACCAGCAAGAACCAUCACUGGUAUAUCUUUGAUGAUUAUUCUCAGACUUGGAUGCCUGAACAACAAAACAAUGGGUAGUGGGCAUGGUUCCGAGCUUUAAUAGCGUUUUUGUGACAGCACUGGGACGAAGGUGUGAGGUGGCGACGCUCCGUCGGGCUAUUCAAUUAGAAUCUAAAACUAAAGAAGAGAAAAGGAAUGAGAGAGGGAGAGAUCUAUGUAUAUAUAUGCCAGAGUAAGGGGAUGUCAUGUGAGGAGCUAGGCUCCAUUAGGCAUAGAGCUCGGGAACGCCACCAUUCCCGGCCAAGGCGGUUGACCAGGGCGGUUGAGCUAACCGUCACAACGCUAAGCAGUAACGCUGGAGCAUCGGCACAGCCGGCGCUGUGACAGUU